UGGCGCUCGCACAAUACUCACUUAAUCUCGCGAUAUUAGAAGAUGUACCGUAGGCAUAGGGGAAGACGUGUGGUGGGAAGCUGUUAGUUUGUUGCGGGUUUUCAGGAGAGAAGGCAGCGUGUGGUGCAUCUGGACAGUAGCAGUCAUGGUGCUGCUACACGUGCUGUUUGAGCAUGCCGCCGGCUACGCGCUAUUCGCCGUGAAGGAAGUGGAGGAGAUUGGAAUGCUUCUGCCGCAGGUGGAGGAAAGUGUUCUCAACAUCGGGAAGUUCAACAAUGUAGUGAAGAUGGUAGCUUUUUUCCCAUUCAGGUCGGCACAGAUGGCACUGGAGAAUAUAAAUGCCAUCUCGGAAGGAGUCGUACAUGCGGAUCUCAAGCUGUUCCUGGAGACGAACCUGCCCCCUGGUGGCAAGAAGAAGCACGUGCUGGGCGUGUCGGAUGCGAAGAUCGGGGCGGCCCUCCAGGAGGAGCUGGGUCUCUCCAUCCAGACCAGCGGGGUCGUGGCAGAGGUGCUCAGAGGGGUGCGGCUGCACUUCGCCAGCCUGGUGAAGGGGCUCACCGCCCUGGCCGCCUCCAAGGCCCAGCUGGGCUUGGGCCACAGCUACUCCCGGGCCAAGGUCAAGUUCAAUGUCAACCGGGCCGACAACAUGAUCAUCCAGUCCAUCGCUCUGCUGGACCAGCUGGACAAGGACAUCAACACCUUCUCCAUGAGAGUGCGUGAGUGGUACGGGUACCACUUCCCGGAGCUGGUGAAGAUCGUGAGCGAUAACUCCACCUACUGCCGCCUGGCGCGCCUCAUCGGGAACCGGAAGGAGCUGUCGGAGGAGAGCCUGGAGGGGCUGGAGGAGGUGGUGAUGGACGCCGCCAAGGCCCAGUCCAUCCUGGAGGCCUCCCGCAGCUCCAUGGGCAUGGACAUCUCCCCCAUCGACCUGAUCAACAUCGAGAGCUUCUCCACCCGGGUGGUGUCCCUGGCCCAGUACCGGCAGGAGCUGCAGGAGUACCUGCGCUCCAAAAUGGGCCAGGUGGCCCCCAACCUGGCCGCCCUCAUCGGGGAAGUGGUGGGAGCGCGGCUCAUCUCCCACGCCGGCAGCCUGACCAACCUGGCGAAGUACCCCGCCUCCACCGUGCAGAUCCUGGGAGCGGAGAAGGCCCUGUUCAGAGCGCUGAAGACCAAGGGAAACACGCCCAAAUACGGCCUGAUCUUCCACUCCACCUUCAUCGGCCGCGCGGCGGCCAAGAACAAGGGCCGCAUCUCCCGCUACCUGGCCAACAAGUGCACCAUCGCCUCGCGCAUCGACUGCUUCUCCGAGGUGCCCACCAGCGUGUUUGGGGACAAGCUGCGGGACCAGGUGGAGGAGCGCCUGUCCUUCUACGAGACGGGAGAGGCGCCGCGCAAGAACCUGGACGUCAUGAAGGAGGCGGUGAUAGAGGCUGGAGAAGUGGCCGCUGAGAUCAAGAGAAAAACCGAGAAGAAAGAGAAGAAGCGCAAGAAGAGGGAGAAGAGGAAGCUGGAGGCGCUGUCCACCGGCGAGGGCGAGGAAGAGGAGGAGGAGGAAAAGGCGAAGGAUGAGGUGAACGGAGACGCAGAAGCCGUCGCCAAGAAGAAAAAGAAAAAGAAGCAGGAUGAGGAGGAGGCGGCGGAGGAGAAGGAGGUGGUGGAGGAGGAGGAGUCUGCCCCGCUGAACGGCGCAGAGGACACGCCCUCGACCAAGAAAAAAAAGAAAAAGAAGCAGGGUGAGGAGGUGGUGGAGGAGUCGGCCCCGCUGAACGGUGCAGAGGACACGCCCUCAUCCAAGAAGAAAAAGAAAAAGAAGCGAGCGGAGGAAGAGGGGGCGGAGCCUGUGGAGGAGGCGGAGCCAGAGCCUGCCGAAGAGGCGCAUUCGAACGGCGUGGCGGACACGCCCGCCGCCAAGAAAAAGAAGAAACGAAAGAGCGAGGCGAUGGAGGCGGAGCCUGCCGUGGAGGCGGAGCCUGAGGUCGCACCAGAGACGCCUCAGACCGAGAAAAAGAAAAAGAAGAAAAAAAUGAAGACUGACGACUGAUAGCUGGUCUGGACUUCGUAUUUGAACCUGUACAGUUUUUUUUGUUUGUUUUUGACUGGUAAUUCAGUGUGUCAUAAGCCUUGGGCUUGCUUAAACGUUUUUUUUUUUGGGAGGGAGCGUUGAAUUGGCUGUUCGCAGCUGCACAGCGCGGACAUGACAAUCUAAGACUCAAAGCACACUCGGUUGGUUUGUUCGCUCUCUCCCCCCUUUUUAUUUUCUUUUAACUGUGAAACCAUGUUUCUACAAAGUGUUGCUCAGUUUUUUUACGUUUCAUUAAGCAAUCUCAAAGCACUUAAGUCAUUCUGAAUGUACAUAAAGAUGUGCUUUGCUUGUGCCUUUAAGUCGAUUUAAUGCUAUGGACCUCCUCUGUCUGUCUGGCUAAGGCCUCCGUUUGUCAGGCACUUUCAGGUGCAUGGAGUCCUCCUCACCAUCGGGGGUGCUGGUUAUAUUGUAUGCGGGCUCCUCACUAGGGCAGUAGAGGCAAGAAUGUGAGCAGUUGUUUUCCGCAGUCCUUGAAGUCCUUAAACUUCAGAAAGUGACUGAAUAAUAUCCAGCUAAACAGAAUUGCUGUUUAAAAUCUUUUUGCAGCUAGUAAAUUCAUAUACUUUACUUAGUCAGUCUCUAGGGAAGUGGUGUAAGCUACAUCUCCAAUAUCCAAGUACGGUCCUCCCCAAGAGUAGCAGUCCGUUCAGUGGAGGCCGUUUGAGUAGUCAUUGUGUAAGUGUCUUUGGCUGGGAUUCCACAUGGAUCUGCGUAGUGUUAUUUUUGAUGCAAAUUCUCAACACACCUGGACUUCUAAUCCGCUUCGAUACAUGUAGUUUUUCCAGUUUUUGAGUUCAGCUGAAAUUCAGCCUAUGAAAUCAAGCCCUUACUUGUGGUCCUUAAAAACAUACAACUGUAAACGGAACACUGCUGCAGGACUAUGUAUGAACAUGUAAUUUCAAAAGUGACUUUUCUUAUUUUGGACAUCUGUAAAAAUAAAAUGAUCCUUUUGA